AUGACGGCCGCAGAGUACGUCGCCAUCGACGACGGCGAGCCAACGUGCGCCGAGGGCGCUGCGGGACAGCCCACGACUGAGCCGGAGGCGGGCCUGGAGGCGGAGCUCUGGCACGCGCCGACGACCAUGCAAGUCGUCUACGACGACGCCGACCCCGUGUGCCGCGAAGCGCGGCGCACUGCACGGGCGGCAUGCGAGAUGCUCAUCGGAUAUGCACGGGCCACCUGCAUCACGCCGCGCGAUCUGUGCCAUCUGUUCGAUAUCCGCAACCCCAUCAUAAUCGCGCGGAUGGAGCGGGCGAGCCCGUCGUUCAACCUCAACGUGGUGCCUCAGCCCGUACCCUCCCCGGGCGCAACUCCCACGCCCGAGACCCCUCGUCCGCGCGGCCGUGUGCUGCCCGGCUGGAUGACCCGUCCGUCUCGCCGUCAGGAGCUGCUUGACGCCAGUGUGGGCGCCGUGAUGGACGGGUAUGUGGACGCGGCUGAGUGGAUGCGUCUGGGCCAGGUGGAGGAUGUUGAUUGGAAGGUGUUGGUGUUUUGA